AUAUUCUAUAAUUAAUAGAAUCAGGUAUGAAUGAAAAAUGCAUGGAAUUAGCUGCACAAUUGGUGCCAAAGACUUUUGUAAAGGUUGCCAAAGAUGCUUCACAUUCCAGGGAAAAGCAAAUAGAAAAUCUUCUAAUUCAUAAAAAAAUUCCAGAGGAAGGUUGGGAUGAUAUUAGCAUUGAGUUGUUAUUGAGCCAAUUAGCUCUUAUGGACAGUAACAAUUUUAUGGGAAAUUGUGGUUUAGGGGAGAGAGAGGCCAGAGUUGCUUCUAGUUUAGUGGCCAGGAGACACUACAACUUUGGUCAUGGCAUAGGCAGAUCAGGAGAUCUAAAUGAACCACAACCAAAGGCUGCUGGAUCCAGUUUGAUGUAUAAAUUGACAAACAGAUUUCUCGAAGAUCUAUUCAAGCUAAUGGGAAUUCAGUCAACUGUGAGAUGUAUCUUAGUGCCUUUAGCUACAGGUAUGAGUUUAGUGCUUAGCAUGAUGGCUCUGAAAAGUAGUAGGCCUGGAGCUGAUGUAGUUAUUUGGUCUAGAAUUGACCAAAAAUCUUGUUUCAAGAGUAUUUCUAGUGCAGGAUGUAGGGCUAUUGUUGUUGAUACUAAACGCAAUGGUGAUCAAUUGGAGACCGAUGUGGAAGGUAUCUUGAAGAAGAUAAAAGAAGUCGGAGCCAAUAAAGUUUUAUGCGUGAUGACUACCACCGCAUGCUUCGCGCCUAGGGCUUGCGAUAACAUCGAAGAAGUCGCCAAAUUGUGCAAGCAAUUCGACGUACCACACCUUAUCAACAACGCCUACGGACUUCAAGACAAAUCCGUUAUGUGCAGGAUUCAGAAGGCCCAAAGAGUUGGAAGGGUUGAUUUGCUGGUUCAAAGCACGGACAAGAACCUUAUGGUGCCAGUAGGUGGCGCGAUAAUUGCUAGUUUUGACGAGGACUUACUGCAGACUGUCUCUAAGUGCUAUCCAGGCAGAGCCUCGGGUAGUCCUAUCAUGGAUGUGUUUAUAACAUUGCUGCAUUUGGGUAAGAGUGGGUACUUGAAGUUGGUGGAAGAGCGAGUGGAAAAGUUUAAAUUGCUAUCGGAGAAGUUGCGGGAAAUUGCCGCUGGUAUCGGGGAGCGGCUGUUGGAAAGUCCACAGAAUCCUAUCUCUAUGGCAAUGUCCAUGUCAAAAUUACCAGCAGAUGAAUUGAGAAGUUACGGCGCCAAGUUAUAUAUUAGGAGUGUUUCUGGGACGAGGGUCAUCGAUCUGAUGGAGCAUAAGAUCAUUUGUGGACAAGAGUUUAAAUCCUGGGGAUCAAGCACGAAUGACUACGAUGUACCCUAUAUGACCGCAGCAGCCGCUAUCGGUGUCACCGAUGAUGAUAUAGAUUUAUUCAUGAAAAGGAUGAAAAAAAUAUUUGGUAAAAAUCAAUAAGAAUUAAUUUAAGGAGUUAUUCUGAAGCUACUACUGAAUAAACUAUUUUUUAUAU